UCAGAUGUGUCAGUCAAUCCGCAGGCCUCAUCUCGAAUUUAUCUCAUUUGUAACUUAACAGAAAUGAGUUUCUCCGGUAAAGUAGUUCUUAUCACUGGCGCCAGUGCUGGAAUUGGAGCGGUUACAGCGAUCAGCUUCGCCAGAGAAGGUGCGGAUGUAGCUAUAGUUGGCAGGAAUGAGGAUAAACUAAAACAAGUUGUACAAGAGUGUAAACGCGUCGGUAGAACACCGCUUCCGAUAAAAGCCGACGUUGCCAACGACGAUGACGCCAAAAGAAUUGUCAACGAAACCAUCAAGAAGUUUGGAAAACUGGAUGUAUUAGUGAACAACGCAGGAAUCGGGGCAUACGGUUCCAUUCUGAGUGGAGAAAUACUCAAAGCAUAUGACGAUAUAAUGGGAAUAAAUGUACGGGCAGUCAUUCAUCUUACUUCGCUGGCUGCGCCGCAUCUUGUUAAAACGAAAGGAAACAUUGUAAACAUAUCGAGCGCCGCUGGUUUCCGCGUAUCAACCUCUCCACCCCAGAUAGCCUACUGUGUAUCUAAAGCCGCCGUCAACCAUUUCACGGCUGGAGCUGCUUUGGAACUUGCAUCUUCCGGAGUGAGAGUGAACGCUGUGAAUCCGGGUCCGACAAGGACUGACUUCUUGCAAACUGCCGAUGCUCCAAUCACAUGGGAUGACUUCAAAGGAAGGACCGCUUUAGGCAGAGUGUCUGAACCUGAGGAAGUGGCUGAUUUGAUCCUGUACGUCGCCAGCGAUAAAGCUAGAGGCAUAACUGGGACGACUCUGCUGGUUGAUAACGGAAGGGUUUUGAUGUAAAUGUUCCCGUUGUGCGUUUCCACGAUAACUUGUAUAAUGUAACAUCAUUUAUAACUUCAUUUAAUUAAUAACGAUAUGUUAAUUUUAAUAUAAUUUAAAUUGUAAAAA